AUGACCUCACGUUCAGAUAAUAACCUAUCAAUUAAAGACUCGACAUACCAAACACGAGUUGUUUCCAGUGUUGUAAAAGCUAUAAUGACAGAUUUUCGAAUUUCAAGGCCAAACUUCUUUUCCACGCCAAAGAAAGGAGAGAACUAUGAAUUGCGAGCAGACCUAAAUAGUGAAUACCGAGAUCGGAGAAAAGAUGCUAUUAAAAAAGUUAUCGCAAAUAUGACUGUAGGAAAAGAUGUUUCGGGUUUGUUUCCCGACGUAUUGAAAAAUAUGCAAACAGACGAUUUAGAGCAAAAGAAAUUAGUAUAUUUAUAUUUAAUGAAUUACGCAAAGACGCAACCAGAAUUAGUAAUUUUAGCCGUAAAUACUUUUGUAAAGGAUACGGAUGACAGUAACCCAUUGAUUCGUGCACUUGCCAUUCGAACCAUGGGAUGCAUCCGCGUUGAAAAAAUUAUUGAUUAUCUUUGUGAACCUUUGAGGAAGUGUCUAAGGGAUGAGAAUCCUUAUGUUCGAAAAACUGCGGCUAUAUGUGUUGCAAAGUUAUAUGAUUUAAGUCCUAGUUUAGCAAUAGAUAAUGGUUUUGUUUCUGUUUUGCAAGAUAUGGUAUCGGAUUCCAAUCCGAUGGUUGUUGCAAAUGCUGUUACAGCACUUGCAGAAAUAAACGAGUCUUCUUCUACCAAAGAUAUUUUUAUAAUCAAUACGCCAACACUUACAAAGUUAUUGGUGGCACUUAAUGAAUGUACAGAAUGGGGUCGGAUAGCUAUUCUUGCUGCACUGGCUGAAUAUAAACCAGCAGACUCUAAAGAAGCAGAACAUAUUGUUGAACGUGUUGUUCCACAAUUUCAGCAUGUAAAUGGAAGUGUAGUAUUGUCUGCAAUUAAGGUGGUAAUGAUUUAUAUGAGAACAAUAAAAAAUGAUGAGGCAAUACGACAGUUAGUUAGAAAAAUGGCUCCUCCUCUUGUUACUUUAUUGGCAUCUGAACCUGAAGUUCAAUAUGUUGCCUUAAGAAACAUCAACAUUAUAUUACAAAAACGACCUGAAAUUUUAGCAAACGAAAUGCGUGUCUUCUUCUGCAAAUAUAAUGAUCCUCCAUACGUAAAACUUGAAAAACUUGAAAUUAUGAUCAAGUUGGCUAAUGAAAAAAAUAUUGACCAAUUAUUAUCGGAAUUAAAAGAAUAUGCAUCUGAAGUAGACGUUGAUUUUGUAAGAAAAUCUGUUCGAGCAAUUGGACAAUGUGCCAUCAAGAUUAGUGAAGCCUCGGAAAGAUGUGUUAAUGUUUUGCUAGAUUUGAUUAAUACUAAAGUUAAUUAUGUAGUUCAGGAAGCAAUCGUUGUUAUCAAGGAUAUAUUUCGAAAAUAUCCACAUAAAUAUGAAGCGAUUAUCCAAACAUUAUGCCAAAAUUUGGAUGCAUUAGAUGAACCAGAAGCAAAGGCUUCCUUAAUUUGGAUUAUUGGUGAAUAUGCUGAGAGAAUUGAAAAUGCUGACGAAUUAAUUGUUACAUUUUUGGAUACAUUUCGGGAUGAAAAUUCUCAGUUGGUUACCGCGACCGUAAAACUUUUCCUCAAAAAACCACAACCAACACAAAAUAUUGUACAACGUACUCUACAGACCGCCACGUCUGAAUGUGAUAAUCCUGACAUCAGAGAUCGUGCAUAUAUUUAUUGGAGAUUAUUAUCGACAGAUCCUCAGGCUGCCAAGGCUGUUGUUCUGUCAGAUAAACCUCCAAUAUCCGUUCAAAGUAACACGAUAUCUAGUUCUUUACUUGAAGAGCUGAUUAGUAACAUCUCGACUCUUGCCAGCGUAUAUCAUAAACCUCCUGAAACGUUCUUGGGAAGAGGUCGUUUUGGCGCUGACGCCGUUCAAAGACGGGCUAUCGAGGAACAAGAAGAGGCUUCUCGAGAGUCGCCGAUCCAGGCUCAAACUAAAACAAAUAUUGAGAAUCUAUUGGAUUUAGACUUCAGUGAUACUACAACUGCUGCUGUUAUAACCACAUCAUCCCUUCCGUCAUCCUCCAUGUCUUUCACGCCAACUGCCAAUGUGGACGAUUUAUUGGAUUUAUUCAAUGGUAAUAGUAUAACGCCUACGCAACCUUCUAAUAAUCAAAAUAAUG